AUGACUUUGCAACAGUUCUUUGCCAGUGCAUCACAUCAAACCGCUCAACAGUCACAAUCUUCUCCGGUAUUUGCACCACAUCUACCUGAACCAGUCGAAAAGACGCCGAAUGUAUAUAUCAACGGACUCCCUCCCAACUUUCCCGAAGACCAGUUGAUCCAGCUGGCAGUUCCAUUCGGCACAGUGCAGAGCGUCCGGAGCUUUACGCGCCAUGUCGGGAGCACAGUAACCGGCUAUAGAUUUGUCCUGUUCGACACUAUUGCAUCUGCAGAGUGCUGUAUCAACUCAUUAAGACGAUGCAGAAACUUGCAUCCCACGUUCUCCAAGCAAGUUCACAAGAUUCCCGGCACGAUCUAUGCUCACACACGCACUGCGCCUGUCUUUCAAUCAGCGUCUGCUUCCUUCCGAACCGGCAACUCGUCACUUCAUGGCUGGGAGGGCAGUGCGAGCAGGGACUCGAGCUUCACAGCUCGUAUGGAACGGCUUUCGGACAAGAGCAACACGAACUUGUACACCCAAAGGCUUCCGUUAAACAUUGAUGGAAUGGCUCUAGCUGUUCUUGUCUCUCCUCAUCACAUUUUCACCAGCCGAUUCUUUGAAACACGUCUUGGUUACCCACCACGAAUUAUUGCUUUCGUUCGCCUCGAGACGCGCUCUGCUGUGGAGGAAAUUAUCGAGCGUUUGCACAGAAGAAUAAUCUGCGAGUGGAACGGUUCGGGCCCGGGCAAUCGUAUCUCGGUGCAUUUUGCAGAUACGCCGAACAAAGGGAGCUUCGACGGCAAGAGCGGUUGA